GUAGUUGGAAUGCAUUCCUUCCACGAGAUGCAUUUGUCCCAUGCCUGUCCACAAUGACCGCAACGACUGCCGAAGGAGUCACAUGGAUCGAUAUGCCACUGACGCCAGCCAUGAUAAAUCACUCCUAGUGCCGUUUUCAAGCGAGGUGCAUGCGACGAACGAGCGAGCGCUCCACACCAAACAACGAGACAUCUCGACAACCUCCCCGAAGCGCUAACGGCGCCACAAGUGUCAAGUCUUCAAAUGCGAAUCAAGACAUUACACAAAAGCAGGAAAAGCUGGCGCUGUAAUCCUUAAGACUCUCCAGGGAUCCUGUCGAUGUUGGUUCGUAACAUGGCACGCCGUUGUGGUUGGCCGCGAUCAAAGAGUCAAUCUGGGCUGCGUCUGGUCAUUAUUGCGUGCCGAAGUGGCCCCAGUGGACUCUUGUGGUUUUUCAAGUGGACGUGUGGCGCAAGCUGUGGGUCCCCAUGGCCAUCCAAGUCGACCAUUCUACUUGGCGCCAUCAAGUGCCGUCUAGGUUCGCUCGACGACGUGGACGUAGUGAAUUUGGAGGUUCCACCAUCAAGGUCGUCGAUCCAGAUUGCGAUGGCGCUUGGCUCGUCCUCGCCAGGAUGCGUGCUCCGCCAUUGGCGAGCGAAAUCCACCCAAACCAUUGGAAGCGAAUGAAACGGCUCAAUUGCUGCAACGGCCACCCGCCAGCCACCGACUCCUCGCAUCGUCGGCCAUGUCGAUUCUAGAGCGCGCGGCAGAGUAUUGCGCGACUCCAGCGUUUGAGCGAGUGUUUGACGAGUUUGCAGCCGAGCACGCGGCGUCGUUCGAGGAAGCGGCCGAGUCCAAAACGGACGAAGUCGAGCACAAGCACGAGUACAAGGACCUGCAUGCAGAGUACCUCGCGUUGUUUGAACGCCACAUCCAAGGGUUCCUCGACAGAGAAGACGUGACGCCGAAAGAUUUUUACGCGGCGUGCGAAGAGGCCAUGGACGGCAAGACUUCGUACGGCGACUACAAGUGGUUUGUCGAUCGGCUCCUGGCAUCGAUGGACUACAAGUUGUUUUACGGCCUCAUGGUGAACGAAGCGCGAACGCAGUUGCGUCGCCGAAAGUAGUGACCGUGGAUUCCACCGACCACGAAGUACCCCAUGAUUUCAACAUGGUGGUUUUCCCAUGCUAAAGCUGCGUGCGAGCCAACGACGUGUCGCCAAAUCCAUCGCGGCCAAGUGAUCGGACGCUCUGCUUUGGCGUGCUUGGACCCGGUCGAUGGCCAUGACGGCUCACUCAUCUAAUCUCGCUAUGUCCAUGC